AUGUCAGCGACCUUCCCCGGACUUGUCCACGACGCAGAGAUACGUCACGACGGAUCAAACAGCUACCGGCUCAUGCAGCUCGGUUGCCUGGAGUCCGUGGCCAACUCCUCGGUCGCCUACUCCUCCUCCUCCCCGCUCACCUACCCGGCGCCGGCGGGGACUGAGUUCGCCUCGCCCUACUUCUCGGCCAACCACCAGUACACGCCCCUCCACCACCAGUCCUUCCACUACGAGUUCCAGCACUCCCACCCGGCCGUGGCCCCGGAGGCCUACGGGCUCAACUCGCUGCACUCGGGCCAGUACUACCAGCAGAUCCACCACGGAGAGCCCGCCGACUUCAUCAACCUGCACAACGCGCGCUCGGCUCUCAAGUCCUCCUGUCUGGACGAGCAGCAGCGGCGCGAGCUCGGCUGCCUCGACGCUUACCGGCGCCAUGACCUGUCGCUGAUGACGUCACACGGCUCCCAGGCCUACGGCGUCGGUAUGCACCACCCGGACCAGAGGCUGCUGCCCGGCGCCGGCCUGGGGCUCCCCACGCCCGCGUCAGACGACCUGCAGGGCUCCGUGGAGGCGCAGUGUGGGCUGGUGCUCAACGGCCAAGGGGGCGUCAUCCGGAGAGGGGGGACAUGCGUGGUGAAUCCCACAGACUUGUUCUGCUCGGUACCGGGCCGACUGUCGCUGCUCAGCUCCACCUCCAAGUACAAAGUGACCAUCGCCGAGGUGAAAAGAAGACUGUCCCCACCAGAGUGCCUCAACGCCUCCCUACUGGGCGGAAUACUGCGCAGAGCGAAGUCUAAGAACGGAGGCCGGUGUCUUCGUGAGAAAUUAGACCGUCUAGGCCUCAACCUGCCGGCAGGACGGAGGAAAGCUGCCAACGUCACGCUGCUCACCUCCCUGGUGGAAGGUGAGGCGCUCCACCUGGCGAGGGACUUUGGCUACACCUGUGAGACAGAGUUUCCCAGCAAGGCAGUGGGGGAACAUUUGGCGAGGCAGCACAGCGAGCCGAAAGAAACCAGCGCACGCAAGAAAAUGGUCCUGGCUACAAAGCAAAUCUGUAAGGAGUUCCAGGACUUAUUGAGCCAAGAUCGUUCUCCUCUGGGCUCCUCCAGACCGACCCCCAUCCUGGACCUGGACAUCCAGAGACACCUCACACACUUCAGCCUGAUCACUCAUGGUUUCGGCACGCCGGCGGUCUGCGCGGCUCUCAGCACCUUCCAGACGGUCCUGAGCGAGAUGCUCAACUACCUGGACAAAAACUCGAGCGGGAAGACGAGCGGAGCCGCCGACCAACAGAUCAACAACAGCUCAGAAAAGACGCAGCUACGGAAAACGGCCGAGCCCCAGAGCAAAGACGGGAAAACGGAAAAGACUGAGUAG